CCAUUGCCCGUCCACUGAGCUGCCGCGAGCGUAUCCUUGGCUCGGCAUCGGCGAGGAUCCGUGACGGCCUUCGGGUGUUGGCGAUGACUCAUUGAUGCCUAUCUGACUUGGUGGAUCGGUUGAAGCAUAAAUCCAUUGGGGUCUCCUUAGCUACCUAGCUGAUGGUUGUGUGAACUGUGAACGUGUGAUGUUACCCCCACUUGGCUCGUGAUAUCGGUGACUAACUAGCAGUUGAACAACUUUGCGCCGCACUCGUUGAAAUCUCUGAUAGUCUGGGUUGUGUCGUGUUCAUGAACCGCCCAUUGGGCACCUCAAACAACUCUGCCAAGAUGACUGAAUACAAAUUGGUGGUUGUUGGGGCUGGAGGCGUGGGAAAGAGUGCACUCACCAUUCAACUGAUUCAGAACCAUUUCGUGGACGAGUACGAUCCGACCAUCGAGGACUCGUACAGGAAGCAGGUGGUCAUCGACGGCGAGACGUGCCUGUUGGACAUCCUGGACACAGCAGGUCAAGAGGAGUACAGCGCCAUGCGAGACCAGUACAUGAGGACCGGCGAGGGGUUCCUGCUGGUGUUUGCCGUGAACAACUCCAAGUCCUUCGAGGACAUCAGCAGCUACCGGGAGCAGAUUAAGCGGGUCAAGGACGCCGAUAUCGUGCCCAUGAUCUUGGUGGGCAACAAGUGCGAUCUGGCGACGCGAGCCGUCGACAUGACCGAGGCCAAGGAAGUGGCGAAAAACUACGGCAUUCCCUUCAUCGAGACGUCGGCCAAGACGCGCAUGGGUGUCGACGACGCCUUCUACACUCUAGUCAGGGAAAUCAAACGCGAUGUGAGUGGAUGUUGACGGUGCCGCGUACAU